UCAGCGACACCAUCCUAAGGAACAUCCAGCGUCAAACUAAGUUUUUUUCCUCGAUACAAAACUCCUUUUAAAAGUGAGAAUGUCUGAAAGGCUGAAGUCAAUAAGAGCGCGGUCCUCCCAGCGGAGAAAAAUCCUUGCCCAGCAGCUUGGUGCCAAAGAUGCAGACAACCUAUCCUCCGUGCUAAACAGCAAAGAAGAUCAUCAGAAGAUUGUACAGGCCUCGGCAAGUUCAGUCUCUGACAGGGUUGGUGGGUCUGCACCACCACCAAUCAAAAGAAGGGCGAUAGGCGAGGGUGAAACUCCUUCUUCGAGUUUGGACAGGAGAAAAUCAACUGAGGAUGGAGAGGAAGCUGGAGAGAAGGUUCUUCGAGAUGAAGUUUACAAAGACUCUUCCACUUUUCUAAAGGGUACUCAAAGUGCAAACCCUCAUAAUGACUACUGUCAGCAUUUCGUGGAUACCGGACAACGGCCGCAGAAUUUCAUCAGAGAUGUUGGCCUUGCUGAUCGAUUUGAGGAGUACCCUAAGUUGAAAGAGCUGAUCCGACUCAAAGAUGAACUGAUAGCAAAGACUAACAUUCCCCCCAUGUACUUGCAGUGUGACUUGGAGAACUUUGAGCUCUCCGAGUUGGACAACGUCUUUGACUGCAUCCACGUGGCCCCACCGCUGGAGGAGUACAGGCAUCGACCCGGAGUGCUCACUAACCAGAAGUUCUGGAGCUGGGAUGAUAUAAUGAGAAUAGAUAUACCAUCCAUAUCAUCGUUCCGGUCCUUUAUUUUUCUCUGGGUGGGUUCGUCAGAUGGACUUGAAAGAGGGAGAGAGUGUUUGAAAGAAUGGGGCUUUAGACGAUCAGAAGAUAUCUGUUGGAUCAAGACGAACAGCAAGAACCCUGGCAACAUCAGCCUGGAACCUGGUGCUAUCCUACAGCGAACCAAAGAACACUGCCUUAUGGGGAUCAAGGGGACAGUGCGCCGGUCCACCGACGGGGAUUUCAUCCAUGCUAACAUUGAUCUAGACGUCAUCAUCACCGAAGAACCCGAGACCGGAAGUCUCGAAAAGCCAGAAGAAAUUUUCCAUCUGAUCGAACACUUCUGUCUCGGGAGGAGACGACUGAACAUCUUUGGCAAUGACCAGACUAUCAGACCAGGCUGGCUGACCAUAGGUCCUCAACUCACCAACAGCAACUUCAACAAGGACACCUUCAAAGGCUACUUCAACAAGAGCUCCGAAGACUACCUGACCGGGUGCCCCGACGAGGUGGAGAGGCUGCGCCCCAAGUCCCCCGUCAACAAGAACAACCCCGGCGGGAGAGGAGGCAGAGGCGAGAGAGGAGGUAGGGGCGGCGGUAUGGGGAGAGGGGGAUUCGGAGGGAGGGGCGGAGGGGACCGUGGAGGGAGAGGUGGGCGGGGAGGCUUCGGGGGUAGGGGCAGGGGAGGGCAUAGAGGAGGUUUCGGGCAGAGGGGAGGGUUCUGAUGCAGGAAUGGACAGGUGUAGCCCUGGAGCAAAAGGUCAAGAAGUGGUACGGUGUAAGGAAAUGUGUCUCUUGCUCCAAAUGAAAAUUACCAGUGGGGGAUUUCAAGUACGCUUUCCGUUGUUGGUGUUUGUGUUGGAAGCCUGAAUCAGGGACCAUGCUGCUACUUUGAACUAGACAAUCGAUUCGGUCUGGACGACGACACUAUUCACCAUAUUGAAAAAGACACUAUUCGCCUUAUUGACACCUCAAGACAAAGUGACUUUAUUCCUGACACUGAUGACUGGCCUAACUUCAAGUUAUGUGUUUUUGCUGGUGUUGAUUUACCCCAACACCAGCAGUGAACAUGCUAUUUGAAACCCCCUAAGUAAGCUCCUGCAGGGACAAAAGAACAGAAUAGGCAGGAAGGAAUUACUGGUAUAUCAAGAAGCAUAGCACAUUAUUUGGAUCACUGUCAUGGUAUUUACUAGAUUGCUAUUAGAGUAAAAAAGAAUAGCCCUCUGAUCAUGCCUAGUUUUGAAAAAAAAGGAAAUAUUCUUUACAUUUUUUUAAUAAUUGCAGGUAAUGUUUAUCAAUAUUCAUCAUUUUCUGUAGUUUAGUUAAGGGGGAGGGGGGCGUUUUACUAGGAGAAAAGUGUGACAUAAGCAUAAAUUACAGUUGUGGGAACAAUCUUAAAUUUAAUCCAACAAAAUGAUCACCGAAAUGAUUAUGGGUAUGAAUGAAAAUAAUGACACAUGGUUUAUGUACAUGUAUACCUAAAUCUGUUUCUAUAAAUAGGGUAACAAUUUACCAUGCUUUUGCAAGCAUGCAUCCUUUGCGCGUGAUCUGUAUUGUAAAGAGUACCAAAGUGAUGAUGUCUAAAAAAACAACCUUCUUUUGCAUUUCAGCAUUUUAUUCCGUAUUUCGGUAGAGCAUAAUUAAAUACUUCCACAACCCAGAUUUAGUUGGAUUCAGUCAAUGGGCACCUAAGAAUCAUGCCAAUAAUACAUUGAUUUCAAAGGGGCUUAUAUAUUCAUAAGGUCAUAUCUUGUUGGCCCCCCAUGGACCAGUUCCCACCCAAUUUGGGUUGUGGAGGUAUAUCACCAUGCUCUACCGAAAUAUGGUAUCCGAAACGAUAAAAUGCAUAAAUUAAAUCUUGUUUGAAUUAAUAAUAAAACUAAUGAAGGAACACAA